UGCAAACACAGCGGGUGAUAAACAGUCGAUCGGUGAUCAUCGCGGUGCUUAGACGUACGUAAACGUGCGUGUAAUCUGCGUGACGUGCGCGAGAGUGGUCGCGAGUACGGAAACACCGCCUGUCUGUCUACCAGGCUGUGCAACGCUCUAUCUACUUGUCCGGAUCUCGUCUCCAACUUCAACUCGGCCAUGAAGCCAGCCGACUGACCCAACUACUCAACCCUAAACUCGUCGCUUCUAUCUCGUGCCUGACAUCGCGGAGAUUAGCCGAUUAGCGGAGAAACGGAAACCGAGGAUAUAAACUUAAUGGACGCUUUCAAACCGUGGAUGCAGCCGGGUAUCGGAGGUGGAGGUGGCGCGGCCCACGCAGGUGGGACAGGUGACGACGAGGCUCCGAAAGAUCCCGGUGUUCGGAUCACUCAUCAGUCUUACACCGAGAAAGACUACGAAGGUCACAGAGCGCACACGGUGUAUGUGGGCGUGCAUCUGCCAGGCGAGAGGAGACAUCGUCGUCACCACAAGCACCAUCAUUCCCAACGUCAAACGUAUUGUGCCGAUAAGGAGAAUGUGGAGAACGAGAGACCCAUCACACCGCCAGCCCAGAGGGUGCAGUUCAUCCUUGGCGAGGAAGUCGGCGACGAUGCACACGAGUCACAUCCCCUCUUCUCCGAAAUGGAGGAGCUCGUCAAGGAUGGCGACGAGAUGGAAUGGAAGGAAACCGCCAGAUGGAUCAAAUUCGAGGAGGACGUCGAGGAGGGUGGAAACAGAUGGAGCAAACCUCACGUAGCGACCCUCUCUUUGCACUCCCUAUUCGAGCUCAGAAGCCUGCUGUUAAACGGCACCGUGAUGUUGGACAUGGAGGCGUCCAGCCUGGAACAAAUCGCCGAUUUGGUUCUCGAUAACAUGAUCAACAAAGACUCGUUGCCGAUCGAAGCGAGGGAGAAGGUGAGGGAGGCACUUCUGGUCAGGCAUCGGCAUCAACACGAAAGACGCAAAGAUAACAAUAUGUCCAGACUACCUAUUAUCAGAUCGUUGGCCGAGAUAGGCCGAAAUCAUUCUUCUUCCAAGAAUUACUGGUGUACAUGUGGUUUGCAUGCGUUGUUGACGUCAGAUUUACAGGAGCGUCGCGAUGCAAGGGGCGCCUACGCGUCCUCCGUCGCUCGCAGCAGCAGCUGCCCGAAUUCGAACACGGCUUUGCUGUCGAAAGAGGCGAAAGAUCUGAAAGGACCGUACCUUCUGGUUCCAGGCCAAGAACCAGGAACAAACGGUAUGGAUCGAAGUCCGAGCAGUGUGUCAAUUAGCAGAAAUCACAGUUCGUCCGCGUUAGAGAACGGAGACGCGAAUCACAGGGGUAACACUCACUUCAUGAGAAAGAUACCAGCUGGAGCGGAAGCAAGCAACAUCCUCGUAGGAGAAGUGGAUUUUUUAGAUAAGACCCUGUCAGCUUUCAUUCGAUUGAGCCAGGCAGGAAUAAUGGGCGACUUAACGGAAGUACCUGUGCCAACGAGAUUUAUAUUCGUCCUGCUGGGACCUACGGGCGGAAUCUCAGGCUUCCACGAGAUCGGCCGCGCCAUGGCGACUCUCAUGUCCGACGAGGUAUUCCACGACGUGGCUUACAAAGCGAAGAACAGAAAUCAUCUGCUGGCCGGAAUCGACGAGUUCCUGGACGCGGUCACGGUUCUACCUCCCGGGGAAUGGGAUCCCGCGAUCAGAAUAGAACCACCUGCCGCCAUUCCUUCGCAGGACGUAAGAAAGCGGCCGAAGGAAGAGAAACCGAGGGAGGAGUUGGACGAAGAGGCGGACGAGCAGAAGUUGAGAGAAGAGUCCGGACUAUCGAGGACGGGUAGACUUUUCGGUGGUUUGAUGAACGACGUGAAGAGAAAAGCGCCGUUCUACUUCUCCGACUUCAAAGACGCGUUGGCUCUUCAAUGUAUAGCCUCGUUCAUUUUCCUCUACUUCGCCUGUCUCUCCCCCAUAAUCACGUUCGGUGGCUUACUCGGCGAAGCCACGGGGAAACAUAUGGCCGCCAUGGAGUCGCUGGUUUCCGGUUUCGUCUGCGGCAUUGGGUACGGAUUUUUCUCCGGGCAACCUCUCACCAUUCUCGGCUCCACCGGUCCUGUUUUAGUCUUCGAAACUAUAGUCUACGAAUUUUGCAAAAAAUCAGAUUGGAACUACAUGUCUUUCCGUUUUUGGAUCGGCUCGUGGAUAACCCUGAUUCUGCUGAUUCUCGUCGCGAUCGACGCCAGUGCUCUGGUCUGCUACAUCACACGGUUCACCGAGGAGAACUUCGCCACCCUGAUCGCGUUCAUCUUCAUCUACAAGGCGAUCGAAAACGUAUUGUCCAUCGGCAAGAAGUACCCUAUUAAUACCCACGCCAACGACCCGUUCGACUACGAGUGCUGGUGCAGGCCGCCGAAUGGUAGCCUUCCUUCUAGCUACGACAACGUCAAUUGGACGGCGUUGGAUCAAAAAACAUGCCAGAGUUACAAUGGCACGGUGGUGGGCGACGGUUGCAGCCAGACCCACUACAUACCCGAUGUGUUCCUCAUGUCAAUUAUACUAUUCAUGGGCACAUUCUUGUUAUCCGUCGAGCUGAAAGAUUUCAAGAACGCUCUCUUCUUCCCGUCAAAGGUGAGACAAGUGGUCAGCGAUUUCGCGGUGAUCAUCGCGAUCUUCUCGAUGAGCACGCUCGACCAUUUCGUGAACAUUCCAACGCCGAAGCUCGAAGUGCCGGAGGAGUUUAAGCCAACCUUGGCUGAUCGAGGAUGGAUCAUCUGGCCUUUUCAAAGUAACCCAUGGUGGAGCGCGAUCGUCGCGUGUCUUCCAGCUCUCCUAGGCACUAUACUGAUCUUCAUGGAUCAGCAAAUUACAGCCGUGAUAGUGAACAGAAAGGAGAACAAAUUAAAGAAAGGGUGCGGUUAUCAUUUGGAUCUAUUCAUUCUCGCGAUCCUCAUAGAAAUUUGCUCCGUGAUGGGGUUACCCUGGUUCGUCGCGGCCACCGUGCUCUCGAUCAAUCACGUGAACUCGUUGAAGCUGGAAUCGGAAUGCGCCGCGCCCGGAGAGAAGCCACAGUUUCUUGGAGUACGCGAACAACGUGUCACACACAUUCUCAUCUUUCUCAUGAUCGGCUGUUCCGUGCUGCUCACGCCAAUGUUGAGACACAUACCGAUGCCCGUACUAUUCGGAGUUUUCCUCUACAUGGGUGUCGCCUCGCUCAAAGGACUGCAGUUCUUCGACAGGAUUCUGAUCAUGCUGAUGCCAGUGAAAUACCAACCCGAUUACAUGUUCCUUCGACAGGUACCGUUGAAACGCGUGCAUCUGUUCACAACGAUACAACUGACUUGCCUUGCCUGCUUGUGGAUCAUCAAAUCCUUCAGCAGCACUUCCAUUCUGUUCCCUCUGAUGCUGGUGGUGAUGAUCGGGAUACGGAAAUCGUUGGACCUACUGUUCACUCAACGGGAGCUCAAGAUUCUGGACGACGUAAUGCCGGAACCGAGCAAGAAACACGCGGACGAUCUUCGACAGCUGGAGAGCGGCGAGGAGCAGAACGAAUCCAUGGAUUACGGUCCAUCGGGAAACAUACAAAUCUCGCUGGCGAACGGCAAUAUCAUGAAGAUCCCGAUGGCGAGCAUCAAUAUCAGCGAGGAAGUGAAUAAAACAGGGAUCUGGCAGCAGGUGAACGAGGGCAACGAGAAAAUGAAACAAUCGAAAUUCCUCAACGCUGGAAAGCAAAAGAAGCACUCGAAGAAAGAAAACUCUUUGAUGGCCGAUGAGACCACUAGACUGACUACGAUGACCGAAGAGGACGAGGAUGACAGUGGGAUCUCUAUCAAGGUAGACUUGAUACGAUCGAAGGAAAGCAUCAGCCAGUUAACGAUUAAUGGCACUACCUCGGCCGAGACCUCUGUCUAA